CUUUGAGAGUGCUCCCGUUAUCGAAUGUUGUCGAGGUGUUUGGACUGGUAAAUUGUGACAUAGUGUGACGUUUGACACAAAUAUUUUGACUUUUCUGGACACUGAAGGAUUUGUGUAGUAAAUGAUCCGAGAUAUGAAGUGAGAAGGAAGUUUCUUUCGAACUGUGACAUUAUUGGUCUGGAAAAACAAAAUCAACCUCGUGGUGGGAUAAACAAACAUCAGUACUUUUAGUGAUGGUAUUUUGAUGUAGUUUUCACAGCAGUUAUUUCAUAUUCUUGAAUAAUUGAAAUGAAGUUUUCGUUUGGACAACACAUUGAGCUUAUAACGUAGUAAUCCGUGUGAACCUUUCUAUUAACUUUAAAAAGAAAAACAAGGAGUUUUGCGUGACAAAAACGUUCUGAUGCAUUUCACAACGAAGAUGGAGAAUUCUUGCAAAUCGUUCAGCAUCGACGCUUUAUUGUCGAAAUCCUCGUCAGUUUCAACACCGAAGAAAACAUCAGAUUCGGAUCAUCGUUUUCAUUCGAAAUCACCAGUAGUGUCGCCUAUAGCACCACAGGGGUCUCCACGACCCUCGUCUUCCGGCUCCAGCCACCGAAGUAACAGUCCUGACUCUAGCCUGUCCCCUUCUGGAUCUGGAGGAUUUACAUCCGGCACGUUUAUUCCUAGGCCUGGACUUUUGAAUACACAACAUCCAGCCCUGAUGCAUCAACAUUCGGUUGCAAUUCAGGGUCUCCUUCAUGCUCAACAAAUGUAUGGGGCGUUUAACGGACACACGGGUGGACAUAGCGGGGGCGGAAGUGGUAUGCCCAUGUUUUCCGGAAGUGCUUUCCACAGUCCAGCGGACCACGCGUAUAAACUUUCACAGCACGCGCAAAACAUCCAGCCAUAUCUAAAUGAGUGGUUCGCACGUGGCGGCAUGUUAAUGCCCCGUAUGAUGGACUACACGGCCCAGCAACAGUCAAGCCUACUUGGGAAGACAAGACGGCCUCGGACAGCCUUCACCAGUCAACAAUUAUUGGAGCUUGAACGUCAGUUUAAGAUGAACAAAUACCUUUCACGACCUAAGCGGUUCGAGGUAGCGACAUCCUUAAUGCUCACCGAGACUCAGGUGAAGAUAUGGUUUCAAAACCGAAGGAUGAAAUGGAAGCGGAGCAAGAAACCUUCAUCAGAACCAUCCCAGAAGAGAGUAUCGGAGGGAGAUAAAGGGAAUAGCCAUUACCUCACACAGAAGGGGGAAAAGCCACAAUCUGACGAUAAACUGGAUACAUUUGACAACGACCCAGAAUCUGAGGAUGUAGAAAUUGACGACGAUGAUGACGAUGACCUGGAUUGUGAAUCACACGAUGGGGAUAUUAAUGACAUCCCCAUUCCACACCCUGCUCAUGCCCAAACUGACAUUCGUGGAGGUAGUUUACAAGAUUCAAAUUUUAAGUUGAAACAGUUUGGAUUAAUACAAGCUGGUAUGUAGAUUUAUUACCGCGAGGAUCACCAACGGCAGCUGGGUCGGUACGCACUGCACUUGGACCAUGAAGAUUUGAAAUGUCAAAUUUUUGUUGAAAGGAUUUUGUUUCAAAUGACAACAAUUUAGUAACCCAACUGGUGGUUCUAAAGACGUAUAAAGGGCAGCAUUCGGAAGGGGACGGAUAUUCCUCUUUAAUGGGGUAACCGAGACAUAUAGAUAUUUCUGCCUUGCAAUAUCAAGGGAACAUGUGGUUACAUGGUUAAAGAAUAGUGCUAUUUUAUUGUAAGCUCAUUUGCACGAUGAGUCACGUGCAACUGCAAAGCGGAACUAUUAUCCGCUAUUAUCCUUUCCAAGUCCAACUGCAAUCAACCUAUUUAUUGAUAAAUACAUAGAAAUGUAUGGCUGGGUUAGCUGUCACUGACAUUAACUUUGAUGAUAACGAUUAUAUAAUGACUAUACUGUCUUUGUUUAUUGAUGCUGACGAUAUAAAUAAAAUGUAACCAGAA